AUGUGCGUCAUUGGGCCGCGCGCCCGGCCCGGCCCUUCCUGUCCCGGCGCGGCCGCCGCGAUGAACAGUGUGGGCGAGGCGUGCACGGAGCUGAAGCGCGAGUACGACCAGUGCUUCAACCGCUGGUUCGCCGAGAAGUUCCUCAAGGGCGACAGCGCCGGUGACCCCUGCGGGCAGCUCUUCAAGCGCUACCAGCUCUGCGUGCAGAAAGCAAUCAAGGAAAAAGACAUACCCAUUGAGGGCCUGGAGUUCAUGGGCCCAAGUAAAGGAAAAACUGAAAACUCCUCUUGAUGUUGGCUGUAUGGGUGGAGUCACUAAUAGGAGCCUUUGGACUAAGCACCAUCACCAGGUGUACCACAGACUUUUGUUAACUGCUUUCUAGGAAGUGACAAAUGUCUGCUUUUGAAAACAAAACAGCUAAAAGAAAAAAAACUACUGGAUCAUGUGGUGACUGCUGCCUCCUUUCCAGUGAAAGUGGUUCAGCAUCUAACGGCCUAAAAAUCCAUGUGAACUAACUUCCUACUGAAUGUACUUGGCAAUGGGGGAGUGCUGGUUGGGGUAGGCUGAGAUGGUUUCUUUGUGACUGAUUUCUUUUGCUUAUUUAUAUAACACUUGAAAGUGUUUAAAAGAAUAUGAAAGGGUUAAUGUACUUUCUAUUAUCUCUGCUGCUGAAUUUUUGGUGAAGAAGGUAGUUUCACGUAAUCCUGAAUACUGAAGGGCUUAAGCACUGUUUUGUGUCAGCUACAGAGGUGGUUUAAAAGCACUAGUGGACCUGCAACAGCUUGGCUAAAAUAAAUAUAACCAAGUUAUAUUUUGUUUAAGUA